GUAUAUUUUUACAGUUAGUGUUAUUACUUUUCGCAGAUAAAUCGAUGUUUGCAGUUCAUUUUGAGUCACAUACAGUCAUUUUUAUUUAUGUUUCACCUCGAUAAUGGUGAAUAUUGCAAAAGGGACACUACAGUUGCUUAUCUUUGCCUCGUUGGUCGGUGGUGGUGCUGGUGGGCUGGCGGGCAGACUGGGUUUUGGCUUCGGAACGGCCGGUACGUGUCGCUGCUCAGAGAGUGAAACUUGUGUUUGCGUGGAGUUGGCUGGAUUUGACCGGUGUAUGUGGGUCAGAAGGCGGCAGCGGGCCUGUUAUUGCAAUUUCUUGAGGCGUGACUGGGCCAUGGUCUUCUACACAGGACGCUGAGCAACGUGUUAUUCAUUUUGGCAAGUGGAGUUGAACUACGUACCACGCAGCUGUCUAUUGAAGAAGUAGACAUUCAAGGUUUCUAGUGUUGCAAUCGGGCCUACCCGUGUUAUCACUAGCUUCUACCUUUUCUUAUGAGUGCCAAUGCUGUAUUGGAACUGCAGCGUACUGGUGUAAUAAUAUUAUGCUUUGUAUUAUCGUUGCCCUUUUAAAACUAGUUUGUUUGUGCUGGGGCAGUUUUACAUAUUUUGAAAUUUGAACUCUACAUUUAAUUCUGUUAACCAGGUUUAAUUUGCUUUUGUCUUGAUGUGAUCUAUCUUUGCAGAAUUUUAUCUUACUAUAUUCUGGGACUGUUAACAUUGUUUCUUUUGGCUGUGUGCUUGUGCUUUUCUGUUGCAGCACUACAGCCGGCACCUAGUCAAUGUCUAAAUCGAUGUCCGGAGUACGACGUCUUGGCCGACCAGUACCAGAGGGAACAUAGAUUCUUUUGGCCGCGGGGAAAAUGGCAACCGAUACGGCGGCCACUGAGUUCUUCGGGUUGCAGUGAGCGGGGAUCUUGCAUUGAGUUAAGUUUCCUCUGCAUUGGGACGCCAAGGCGUCUGUUCCGUUUGCUAUACUGCUUAUAUAUUUACCUUCAGAACCGUAAAGGAAGGAGACUAGUGUUCUGAAUUAUACCUUACGUGCAGCGGGAGUUGAACUUAUCUACAUGUUAAAGAGAAACACUUGAUGGGUAGUGGGAAUUGGAAAUUAUGUGAAUUUUCCUAUUGCGCUUGCCCAGGUGACCUAUUUAAAAGAAACUUAUUUCACCUUUAUUAUUCAUGUGCCCUUGUUAAAUGAAACUGAUUUUACCUUUUAUUAUUGAAGCGCUUACAGUUAGUAUGGAAGUUCUUGUUUGCACCUAAUUAAAUUAGAAAGGUAUUAUGUAAUGUAUAUUUCUGACUUGUGAAUAAGAAACACUUGUACAAAAUUUUUGGUAAAUUUUGGGUUAAACUGUUGAUCAGUAAUAAAUUAGUUGUAUCUUGCAAGUCCUCUGUACUUGUUAUUAUUUCACUUGUCACCGGUUUGCACGUAAACUCCACGUUGCAAUCGUCUGCUUGAAAGUGAGGUUAAACUGACAAAAAUUGUUUUAACCCUUUCGUUCAAAAAUGGUUCAAAAGGCUCUGAGCACUAUGGGACUUAACAUCUAUGGUCAUCAGUCCCCAAGAACUUAGAACUACUUAAACCUAAUUAACCUAAGGACAUCACACAACACCCAGUCAUCACGAGGCAGAAAAAAAUCCCUGACCCCGCCGGCAAUCGAACCCGGGAACCCGGGCGCGGGAAGCGAGAACGCUACCGCACGACCACGAGCUGCCGACAACUCUUUCGUGAGCCGUGGUAAACAUGCUUCCCACUACAAUGAACUCGCUCCUAGUCCCGUGGGAUGCACAGUUCCCACCUCUGUACGGUGUUACCACCUAGUGAACAGUAUAAGGUACUACUUCCAAUCGGAAGUUCCCGCUGUUGUUGCUGUACCUUCGCGCAGAGGCAUUGUAUAGCUGAGUGUUGCUCUGUAGAGGAGCCUUUCAGUGCUGUUUGUGUGACAUUUUGUGUUUUUUUUCCUCAAAGCUAUAGUAUAAGGUAAAUACUUUUGAUUUAGCCAAAUUUAUGAAGCAGCAGGUAAAAUUGGAACGAGGAGAAUUCCAGUUUGAAACAAAAGGAGCCAUUUCUGCAGCAAAAUGGACGGAUAACCAUCCAGUCACUUUCCUGUCCUCAAUUCAUGACCCAUGAGAAACAGCCACAGUGAAAAGGAAAAACAGAGAUUUCUUGUCCUGAUGUUGUGGCAGAAUACAACAAAAUAAUGGGUGGUGUCGAUAAGUUUGAUCAAUUACGAGAAAGGUAUGCUAUUGGCAGACGUUCUGUAAAAUGGUGGCACAGAAUAUUUUAUUUCCUGGUGGAUGUUGCUGCAGUGAACAGUUUUAUCCUGUGGAAAGUUAGUAAAAGAGAAAGUGCACAGAAUGAUCAGCUCACAUACAGGAUCCAUCUAGCCAGACAAUUGAUCGCUCGCUUCUCAUCCCAAAAAAGGCGUGGACAAAACCCUGUCUUUCUUGCAAAAAGGGGUAAAGUACCUGAAGAUUUUCGUCAUGUGGCUGUAGGGGAGCAUCAACCCAUUUUAGGAGAAACCUAAGCUGCGGAAAAGAGCACUCGCUGUGUUUGUACAUAUUGUCAAAUACCACUUUGCAUUGACCCAUUUUUCAGAAAAUUUCAUGGCAAGUAAUUGUGAACAAUCAUUGUAACAAGAGAAGUAAAUUUAUCAAACAAAUAUGACAUAUAUUGAAAAAGUUGUUUUUGUCAUUUAACUCCAUGGAAGGGCAGUGGGAAGAAUACUUUCCACCUUGUUGUGUGACAUCACUUUCACAGUUGGAGCAAAUUUGAUAUUCUGUAUGAUAAAUGUACCUAUCUGUUAACUUCUAUCUGAUCUCCAUUCCUCAAAAAAACCUGCUCAAUAAUUUUUCCCACGGAAGGGUUAACGUGUACGGCAUAUGCGUGGCUAGAUGAGAGUGAUUUUGUCAAACGAGUUUGAUCGUUUGCGGGGGGCUUCAAGACAGGCUCGCCCACAGCGUGCAAAUACGACCGAACUUCCAGCCCGGCGCGGAGAAAACCUGUCGAGUAGCGCGCAAGGUCGAGGCCGAGCCGUCGAUGGCGCAGACUGUUCCAGACGACCGGCCGUGACGUCGCGGCUCGCAAUUGGACGGCUCGACUCGGCGACCGGGCGGGCCCCUCUCCCGGCUAUAUAGAGGCGGGCGGAGCGCCGCGCGCGCGCCAGUGGCGGCAUGGCGUACUACCGACGCAACACACUGCGCUGCGAGUUCGCGGGCGGCGCCGACCGGCCGACGGAGCGCGAGGUGCACCGCUGGGUGCGCACGCAGCUGCGCGUGCCCGACUCCGAGCUGAAGGCGCUGCAGCUGCACACACAGCACGCCGUCGCCUUCCUCAAGCUGCGCUCGGACGCCGCCUUCCUGCAGCUGGCGGAGCGCCUCUGCGGCGGCGCCGCGCUGCAGCUGCAGUCGGGCAAGCUGACGCCCGUGCGCGUCUCCGUGGCCGACGACGACGGCGGCGUCGAGGUGCGUGUCUUCGACGUGCCGCUCGAGGUGCCGGACGCCGAGUUCCGGCGCGCGCUGGCGCCCUACGGCAAGGUGCGCCACGUGCGGCGCGAGGUGUCGGCGCCCGGCUGCGAGUACCGCGUCGCGACGGGCGUGCGCUCCCUGCGGCUGGUGCCACACGACGGCGCCGGCCCCGGCUGGGACCCGCCGCUGCAGCUGCCGGCGACGCUGGAGAUCGGCGGGCACCGGGGGGCGCUGCAGCUGAGCCGCGAGGCGUCGUGGUGCGCCACGUCGAGCCGCGAGGACGGCGCCUGCCGCGGCUGCGACGCCGGGUCGCCGGUGCGGCCGCCGCGCCGCUGCCCAAGGGACGUGGCGCUGGUGCGCGCCUUCCUGGCGCACAGCGGCGAGUGGCCGCCGCCCGAUGACGUCACCGGCGCCGCGCCCGCCGAGGACGCCUGCCACCCGGAGCAGCGGCGCGCCGCGUAG